UAAAUAAAACACGCCCCCUGCCCCCGCCCCCACUGUGAUAUUAGUAAUUUCACAUAUAAAACAUAAACUAAAAACAACAAAAAUAUUUAAAAAUUCUUAAAGUGCAAUACAACAAAAAUAUUAAAGAAAAUUUGUAGCCACAAACAAAGAAAAGCGUUUACUUUACAACAAAACAAUAUUAAGAAUAUUCUAAAAAGUUGCUGCAACAAUUGUAUUUGGCUAAUACACACACACACACACACGCACACACAACUGGCUAUGCAGUAGUUGGGCGUGUGUGUGCGUGUUGCUCGUGCUGCAUUUAAAAUAACAUUCAACGACAAACAAUCAACAUUAAACAUUAAACAUUGAAGAAUAAACAAUAAACCGAGUUUUGGUGGCAGGCGCUCAGACGUUUUUUAAUUAUGUAUACGCAACGUAUGUUUGACAUGUGGAGCAGCGUCACUUCGAAACUGGAAGCACACGCCAACAACCUCGGUCAAAGCAACGUCCAAUCGCCGGCGGGACAAAACAAUUCAAGCGGUUCAAUCAAAGCUCAAAUUGAAAUAAUUCCAUGCAAAGUCUGUGGCGACAAAUCAUCGGGCGUGCAUUACGGCGUUAUCACCUGUGAGGGCUGCAAGGGCUUCUUCCGGCGAUCGCAGAGCUCCGUGGUGAACUAUCAGUGUCCGCGCAACAAGCAAUGCGUUGUGGACCGCGUCAAUCGGAAUCGCUGUCAAUACUGUAGACUGCAAAAGUGCCUAAAAUUGGGAAUGAGUCGUGAUGCUGUAAAAUUCGGCAGAAUGUCCAAGAAACAGCGCGAGAAGGUCGAGGACGAGGUCCGCUUCCAUCGCGCCCAGAUGCGCGCCCAGAGCGACGCGGCACCGGAUAGUUCCGUGUACGACACACAAACGCCCUCUAGCAGCGAUCAGCUGCAGCACAACAACUACAACAGGUGCAGUAUUGAUGCUUACCCAGACAUUGGUCAAAUAUUGAAUACACUACUUGUAUUUAUGGGUCUUCUGCCCUUCUUUCACAGCUACAGCGGCGGCUACUCCAACAACGAGGUCGGCUACGGCAGUCCCUACGGCUACUCGGCUUCGGUGACGCCCCAGCAGACCAUGCAAUAUGAUAUAUCGGCCGAUUAUGUGGACAGCACCACCUACGAGCCGCGCAGUACAAUGAUCGAUCCCGAAUUUAUAAGUCAUGCGGAUGGCGAUAUCAACGAUGUGCUGAUCAAAACCCUGUCGGAGGCGCAUGCAAAUACAAAUACCAAACUGGAAUCUGUGCAUGACAUGUUCCGAAAGCCUCAGGAUCUAUCACGCAUACUCUAUUACAAAAAUCUGGGCCAAGAGGAGCUCUGGCUGGACUGCGCCGAGAAGCUGACACAAAUGAUACAGAAUAUAAUCGAAUUUGCAAAGCUAAUACCGGGCUUCAUGCGCCUCAGUCAGGAUGAUCAGAUAUUAUUGCUGAAGACGGGCUCAUUCGAGCUGGCGAUUGUUCGCAUGUCCAGAUUGCUAGAUCUCUCACAGAACGCUGUGCUGUAUGGCGAUGUGAUGCUGCCGCAGGAGGCAUUCUACACAUCCGACUCGGAUGAGAUGCGUCUGGUGUCGCGCAUUUUCCAAACGGCUAAAUCGAUAGCCGAACUAAAACUGACUGAAACCGAACUGGCGCUAUAUCAGAGUCUAGUGCUGCUCUGGCCAGAACGCAAUGGAGUGCGCGGCAAUACGGAAAUACAGAGGCUUUUCAAUCUGAGCAUGAAUGCAAUACGGCAGGAGCUGGAAACGAAUCAUGCGCCGCUCAAGGGCGAUGUGACCGUGCUGGACACGCUCCUCAAUAAUAUACCCAAUUUCCGCGAUAUUUCGAUUUUGCACAUGGAAGCGUUGAGCAAAUUUAAGCAACAGCAUCCGAAUGUUGUAUUCCCAGCGCUAUACAAGGAGCUAUUCUCAAUAGAUUCACAACAGGAUCUGACAUAACCAGAGCCGCUUUUUACGGAUACGUCAACCGGUUCUGUCGCAGAUGUUGCUGCCGGCUGUCCGCUCGAAAUAUUGGCAACGGCAACGGCAGCGGCAACGGCAACUGCAACAUCACCUGUGCAUCAGCUGCAGCUGGAGGACUG